AUGGGCAACUACCUGAGCACACCCUGCCCCUCAGCCCCGCCCCGAGCCCUGGGGGGCCGGCACCUGCCGCCAGGGCCCGGCCACCUCCAGCCCGCUCCCCGCCAUCGCCGACUGCCCCUGGCCGGCCCGGGUCACCUGGCUCUCCACCAGCUGCUGGCCGCUCGCAGGCCAGCCUACAGGUGUCCCAUGACUUUACAUCGACGCCUUGUAACAGCGCUUCACAGAAGAUGCUCCCUGCUCCCGCGGACCCUGCGCUCCUUGCUGGGCGUCCUCAGCUCCACCUGUAGUCUGGUCCGUCGGAGGAGGGCCGUGCUGCGCGCCGAGACCUCCACGCUGUCCUGCAGCUCAGCGUCUCCAGCGGGCACAGCCACCGUCUGUGCAGUGAGGGAACAGCCCCGCACUCCUGCGCUGCCCGCAACGCCUGGGUGUGCCCUGGACUCGUGCAGGGAGGCGGUGUCGAGGGCCCCUGGUGAGAGCGGGAAAGGGUUGGCCAAGGAAGACCUGGCAGUCCCAGAGGGGGAAGAUCAGAGGAGCCCGGAUGGCACCAGGGGUGAAGAACCCGAGAGAGGCCCCGUUUCUUUCAUUCCGAGGCCCGGGUCUCUGCAGAGGAACCUCUGUGCCAACAACUCAGAAGACGUCUGCGUGGAGAAACCCCAGACCUCUUGCGUGAGCUCCUGCCCCCGGAGAGAUGCCAUCAACAGCUCGUACAGCUCCUCCCAGGGUUCCCCGCCACUGCGGAGGAAGAGGGGUCCCGCACGCAGCGGACUGCCCCCGAAACCCUUGAAGAAAUCGAGGAAGGAGAGCCCCCAGCCUCCCGCUGAAGCUCCGGUGGUCUCACCACAGACGAACUGGCCCGACAGGGAUGCAGACACAGCCAGAGGGCCGAGGGGAACCGAGGGGAACACAUCCGAUGGUCCCAGGCCCCGAAGAUGCAGGUUUUCUCUGCUGCCACACAGGCGAGGGGAGCCCCUGAGGCUGCCCCCACCCCCUGAACUGCGUUCCCGAGUCACCUCGGAAGACCUCAACGUGGAGAAGAAAGCAGCGUUCCGGCAAAUCAAUAGCAUGUUACGGGGUGAGACGGAGGCCGGCUUGGCUCCCCCGCCCUCCCCGGACGUUGAGGUCACCCCCAAGGAGACCACUCCACCCUCUCAGCCUCUGCUCUCGGGGGCUCCCCAGACCACCAGUGGGAUCAUAUUGCCCCCUCUGCAGGCCCCGCAGAUGGCCCCUAGUAGUGACCAGGCCUUCGUCACCCCCGCUCAGGGGACUGGGGUCACCCCCAUGAAUAGCAGUGUACCCUCUCAGCCUCUGCUCUCGGGGGCUUCCCAGACCACCAGUGGGAGCAUCCUGCCCACUCAGCAGGCCCCGCAGACGGCGCCUAGUGGUGGCCUGGCCAUCUUCACCCCUUCUUCGGACUCUGGGGUCACCCCCAUGGAGACCACUCCACCCUGUCAGGCUCUGCUCUCGGGGGCUUCCCAGACCACCAGUGGGAGCAUCUUGGCCCCUCUGCAGGCCCCGCAGAUGGCCCCCAGUGGUGGCCUGGCCGUCUUCACCCCUGCUCAGGGGACUGGGGUCACCCCCAUGAAUAGCAUUGUAUCCUCCCAGCCUCUCCUCUCGGGGGCUCCCCAGACCACCAGUGGGAGUAUCUUGCCCUCUCUGAAGGCCCCACAGAUGGCCCCCAGUGGUGGCCUGGCCGUCUUCACCCCUUUUUCGGACUCUGGGGUCACCCCUAUGGACACGACUCCACCCUCUCAGCCUCUGCUCUCGGGGGCUCCCCAAACCACCAGUGGGAGCAUCUUGCCCCCUCUGAAGGCUCCGCAGACGGCCCCCAGUGGUGCCCUGGCCUUCGUGAACCCCGCUCAGGGGACUGGGGUCACCCCAAUGUAUAGCACUGUACCCUCUCAGCCUCUGCUCUCGGGGGCUUCCCAGACCACCAGUGGGAGCAUCUUGGCCCCUCUGCAGGCCCCGCAGAUGGCCCCCAGUGGUGGCCUGGCCGUCUUCACCCCUGCUCAGGGGACUGGGGUCACCCCCAUGAAUAGCAUUGUAUCCUCCCAGCCUCUCCUCUCGGGGGCUCCCCAGACCACCAGUGGGAGUAUCUUGCCCUCUCUGAAGGCCCCACAGCUGGCCCCCAGUGGUGGCCUGGCCGUCUUCACCCCUUUUUCGGACUCUGGGGUCACCCCUAUGGACACGACUCCACCCUCUCAGGCUCUGCUCUCGGGGGCUCCCCAAACCACCAGUGGGAGCAUCUUGCCCCCUCUGAAGGCUCCGCAGACGGCCCCCAGUGGUGCCCUGGCCUUCGUGAACCCCGCUCAGGGGACUGGGGUCACCCCAAUGUAUAGCACUGUACCCUCUCAGCCUCUGCUCUCGGGGGCUCCCCAAACCACCAGUGGGAGCAUCUUGGCCCCUCUGCAGGCCCCGCAGAUGGCCGCCAUUGGUGGCCUGGCCUUCGUCACCCCUGCUCAGGGGACUGGGGUCACCCCGAUGAAUAGCACUGUACCUUCUCAGCCUCUGCUCUCGGGGGCUCCCCAGACCACCAGUGGGAGCAUCCUGCCCACUCAGCAGGCCCCGCAGACGGCCCCCAGUGGUGGCCUGGCCGUCUUCACCCCUGCUCAGGGGACUGGGGUCACCCCGAUGAAUAGCACUGUACCCUCUCAGCCUCUGCUCUCGGGGGCUCCCCAAACCACCAGUGGGAGCAUCUUGCCUCUUCUGCAGGCCCCGCAGACGGCCCCCAGUGGUGGCCUGGCCGUCUUCACCCCUGCUCAGGGGACUGGGGUCACCCCGAUGAAUAGCACUGUACCCUCUCAGCCUCUGCUCUCGGGGGCUCCCCAAACCACCAGUGGGAGCAUCUUGCCUCUUCUGCAGGCCCCGCAGACGGCCCCCAGUGGUGGCCUGGCCGUCUUCACCCCUGCUCAGGGGACUGGGGUCACCCCCAUGAAUAGCACUGUACCCUCUCAGCCUCUGCUCUCGGGGGCUCCCCAAACCACCAGUGGGAGCAUCUUGCCUCUUCUGCAGGCCCCGCAGACGGCCCCCAGUGGUGGCCUGGCCGUCUACACCCCUGCUCAGGGGACUGGGGUCACCCCGAUGAAUAGCACUGUACCCUCUCAGCCUCUGCUCUCGGGGGCUCCCCAAACCACCAGUGGGAGCAUCUUGCCUCUUCUGCAGGCCCCGCAGACGGCCCCCAGUGGUGGCCUGGCCGUCUUCACCCCUGCUCAGGGGACUGGGGUCACCCCGAUGAAUAGCACUGUACCCUCUCAGCCUCUGCUCUCGGGGGCUCCCCAGACCACCAGUGGGAGCAUCUUGCCCCCUCUGCAGGCCCCGCAGACGGCCCCCCAUGACGGUGUGGCCUUAAUCAUCCUCACCACCAGCCUGUCUGCACUGAGCUUCUGUGGGCCUAACCUAACUGUGACACUUCCUGCUAACCCUGGGACCUCUACGCAGCCCAUCCUUGCGGUCCCUCAUGGGCAGCAGUGUGGAGCCGCCGCCUGGGACAGCUCUUCCCAGUAUCGAAAGCAGGCAGCUCCAGCCCCAACCUCGGACCCACUGUCCGCUCCAGGUCCAGUAGCCUUCAAGCCCCCACCAAAAGCAUCUUCUGACAGUUUGUCAUCCAGAAAUCCCACCAUGGGCACUCAUGCCAGCACCCAGCCGAUGUCUUCUGCCACCUCUACUCUGUUCCCCCGUGGCUGUGCAGCUGCCGCCUACAUGCCCAGCGUUGUGACCAGGGCUGGGCCCAACACUUGGCGGCACUGCCCAAGAUCUGCCAGCUCGAGCCCAGUCCCCUGCAGGUUCGGGGUCUCAGCUGCAUGUAAGGGUGGCAGGAGCCAAGUGGGUGACUUUGAGCUGUGCCGCCUCUUUGCAGCUCUUCGCAUCACAGAAGAGGUGACGCGGAGCCCGAGCACCACACGCUGCCGUGGGGGACGCAGGGGCCUGAACACCUGGGGCCCCGUUCACCAGAGCACCCCCAUGCUGGCCACGGGACCCAGAACCAAGCAGCAGCCUGGGUUUGGAGGCACUGCUGCCCCCACCUUAAGUCCCACCCCCGGGGGCGCCCCCAGGCAGAGCCCCUCUGCUUCCAGCCGAGGGCCCGGCACCUCUCCCAGCAAGGCUGGCAUGUCUGUCCUGGCCUGUGGCAGCAGCCCGCCUGCACAGCGGGCACAGGAAUGA